CCGGCUACAACAAGAGUAGGUAACAUCCUUAUCUUGAAAUUGCCAUAUUAAAGUUGCUUUAUCUUUCAUAAUGUCGGAUGCCUUGCUUCGAUGGUGUGUGGACCAGUUGCACCACAACUUUGGCUUGGAGGCCAGUGAAGACAUAGUCCAGUAUAUUCUGUCCAUCGACAAUGCGGACGAGAUUGCAGAGUAUGUUGGGGACCUCCUUCAGGGCACUGACGGAAGGAAGAAGCAGUUUAUAGAUGAACUCCUUGACAGAUGGCAGCGGUCUCAGACACUGACUCCUGACAGCGCUGGGCUGUUCCCCAUGAGCUCUCUGUCGGGAACAGAUGCUCCAGACAUGUCCAAGGACUCCCAGAAGAAAUCCAAGCGCAAAGGCAGGAACAAGCAAGAGGUGAUGGCUGUUAGUCAAGCAGUGCCUGAGCCUGAGGUGGUGAAAACUCCCAUCGACCUGAUGAAGGCCCAGGAGAGCGGCAGCUCCUCGUCACAGAAGAAGAAGAAGAAUACGUUUGUGAGCCUCUACAAUAAAGAGGGCCAGGACAAGCUGGCUAUCCUGCUGCCCGGGCGUCAUUCCUGCGAAUGUCUGGCCCAGAAGCACAACCUCAUCAACAACUGCAUGAUCUGCGGACGCAUUGUGUGUGAGCAGGAGGGAUCAGGGCCCUGCAUCUUCUGUGGCACCCUGGUAUGCACCAAAGAGGAGCAAGAGAUUCUGCAACGAGACUCCAACAAAAGUCAGAAACUGCGCAAGAAACUCAUGGAGGGGGCAUCGGAGAGGGACUAUCUUCCACACCAAGAGGCUAAGAUGAAGGCAGGGUUAGAAAAGGCCCUUCAACAUAAAGACAAACUGCUGGAAUACGACAAGAACAGUACGCGGCGAACGCAGGUCCUGGAUGACGAGUCCGACUACUUUGCCACCGACUCCAACCAGUGGCUGUUGCCUAGCGAGCGCGAGCACCUGAGAAAGAAGGAGGAGGAGCUACGGGAGCUUCGCCACGCCUCCAGGAAGGACAGGAAGAUCACGCUGGACUUCGCAGGCCGACAGGUGCUUGACGAGGGAGAGAGUAACAGUCAUUACUACAAGAAGUUUGACGAGACGGUCAAGGCCCUCAACACAGGCACCAAGGUGAAGUCUCCACAACGCCCUGAGGGACCAGCGGGACGGCAGCACCUGCGAGAGCUGGUCAACCCCAACAUAGUACAGGCUGCACCAAAGUGGGUGGACGUGGGCAGUGGCCCUCGGAGAUCCCAGGAUAAAGGUGUUGUCGGUACGGAGGGGGACGGCGCUGCAUGCCCAGAGCGCUCCAGACUCCGGCUGCAGGACAAAGAGCUGCAGGAGAUGGCCGGGGGCUGGUGCCUCAGCAUGCACCAACCAUGGGCCUCGCUACUGGUCAAAGGAAUAAAGAGGGUGGAGGGGCGGAGCUGGUACACGUCCCACCGGGGCCUUCUGUGGAUAGCAGCUGCAGCCAAGAGGCCCACCCCUGAAGAGGUCACUCAGGUGGAGAACAUGUUCCUUCAGAUCUACAAGAGAGAUCCUACGUUUCCUAAAGACUACCCCACCGGCUGCCUGCUGGGUUGUGUCAACAUGACUGACUGUCUGUCUCAGGAGCAAUACAAGGAGCAGUUUCCUCAGACCUGCGAGGAGUCUGGCUCGCCGUUCGUCUUCGUCUGCACCAACCCUCAGGAGCUGGUGGUGAAAUUCCCCAUGAAAGGGAAGCACAAGAUCUUCAAGCUGGAGAGUCAAUAUCAUAGGGGUGCGAAGAUGGGACUUGUUCCGUCGGCGGCCGUGUGACGUUGGCGAGAGAGAGCGAGAAAGCAAAGAGAGAGUGUGGACCAGCUGGAGGAGAGGCGGAGGUUGACAUUGGCCAAAGGGGGACGAGAACAUCCAGAGUGGGUCAUAUUCUGACUACUGUGAUUUAUCAGGAGUUCCAGCUACCAAUAAAUAUGGACACACUGUGGCUACACGGCAUCAUGUCAUCCUCUCAUGGGAUUUACAGUUUAAGGACUAUGACUAAGCAGAUAUUCACCACACAGGAAAGUUAUUACCCAGGUUCUCUACAUUCUAUACUGUGUACUCUUGAACAGUUGUGUUUCCUGCAAUAAACAAUGUUGAAAUGAA